AUGAUUUUCUCACGCACAAUCAUUGCGUUAUCGCUAUCCGUCGCUGCACUUGCUGCCCCAACUGAGAAGCGUGGUGUUGCCUUUAAUUGGGGCACAGAUAAAGUCCGUGGUGUGAACAUUGGCGGAUGGCUAGUACUUGAGCCAUGGAUCACACCGUCUAUCUUUGACAAUGCGAAUGCGAACCGUGGGCAGAAGGACAUUGUUGAUGAGUACACAUUGGGGCAGAAACUCGGCAGCGCGGCAGCGGGCUCCAUACUCCGCUCUCACUGGGACUCAUGGGUCACAUGGAAUGACUUCAACAAGAUCAAGCAAGCAGGCUUCAACAUUGUCCGUAUCCCAAUUGGAUCAUGGGCGUACGACACUUUCGGCGCGCCUUAUGUAUCUGGAGCCGGUGUCUACAUCGAUGCUGCUGUCGACUGGUCUCGAAGCUUGGGACUAAAGAUCAUCAUCGACCUGCACGGCGCUCCGGGAUCCCAGAACGGAUUCGACAACUCUGGCCAAAAGAUGCCCACGCCACAAUGGCAAAAGGGAGACACCAUCAAGCAGACCCUCCAGGUUCUCAACACCAUCCAGAAAAAGUACGCCCAGGAAUCCUACCAAGACGUCAUUGUGGGUAUCCAGCUACUCAAUGAGCCCGCCCUAUACAAUGGUCUCAACCUCGAUAUACUCAAGCAAUUCUACCGCGACGGAUACGGUCAAACACGAGCAGUUUCCGACACACCUGUAAUCCUCCACGAUGGAUUCAACAACCCCAACACCUGGAACGGCUUUCUCACGCCAUCAGAUAACAACGCCUACAACGUUGUUAUGGAUCACCACGAGUACCAGGUGUUUGACCAGACGCUUCUCAAGAUGUCACCUGCGCAACAUACCAGCUACGUCUGCAGUAACUCUGGCACAUGGAGCGGUGCGGAUAAAUGGACUAUUAUUGGAGAAUGGACAUCCGCCAUGACCGACUGCGCAAAGUACCUCAACGGCUACGGAAUCGGCGCUCGCUUCGAUGGUACCUUCCCCGGAAGCAGCAAGAUUGGCGACUGCAGCUGGCGCAACGAUCUUUCCAAGUGGCCCGCUUCCUACAAGGACGACAGCAGGCGCUACAUUGAAGCUCAAAUCGCUGCUUUCGAGAACAAGGCCCAGGGCUGGUUCUGGUGGAACUUCAAGACGGAGGGUGCGGCCGAGUGGGAUGCAUUCCGCCUCAUUGACGCUGGCGUCUUCCCUUCGAUUUCAAACGGAAAAGUCAACUACAAGUUCGGCGGCUCAUGCUAG